ACUAUCAACUACUCUUGCUUUUCGUACCUUCUCCCUCUAUUAUAUUAUUAAGGGGCCCCUAUUAUUAAAAUUACUCCUAAUAUAUCAUAUUUCAUUUAUGUUCUCAACCCAACAUAUCGCACCGAAUUUAACGCACUAAAGUCAAAGACCUCUUUCCUCUCCAUCUCCUUUUCUUCUUUCCCUGCUUUUUCCCUGCUUUCCUUCUUUUCUCACUACCACCCCUUCCCCCCUCUUCUUUCACCGACAAAGCAACUGUAGAGCCUAAUUUUCCCCUCACCACCACCACCGCCGCCGCCGCCGGCACCAGCAGCAGCAGCAGUUGAUACCACAAUGUUGUUGAGAAAGCUACGAUCUGCAAGUUCCACGGUGGUGGACAGAAGUAGAAGCUAUCCCUUCAGGUUCAAAGAAAAUGUAACCAACAACAGCAACAACCUCCUCAAAUUCUCUCUCUCAUUCCUCCUUUUCCUUUUCCUCUGGUUCCUUUUUCUUUAUUUCUGCUUCUUUCCUUCUAAUUCUACCAAUCCCAAAGCCCACCCAACUGUCGCUACUGUUACCCACCGACAGUCCGUUACUACUACAGUAGCAAAGUCUCCAGUCUCUGUGUGCGAUGGAAAUGUACGGGUCUACAUCUACGAUCUACCACCCAGGUUCAAUCUUGGCCUCCUCAGUGACUGCAGGAACCUCAACAUCUACACCGACAUGUGCCCUCACGUCGCCAAUAGAGGUCUCGGUCAGCCCUUAUCCCAAAUGGGUCCCAACUGGUUCGCCACCCAUCAGUUUAUCGCUGAAAUGAUCUUUCACGCCCGUAUGGAGAACCACCCUUGCCGGACCACCAAUCCAGACGGAGCCAACCUCUUCUACGUCCCCUUCUACGGCGGACUUCACGCCUCGAGCAAGUUCCGCGAAACCCACCUAGAGGAACGUGAUCGCCUGGCCAUGGAUCUCGUGGAACAUGUGAGUCAUCAGCCUGCGUGGCAGAAGCAUCAUGGUAGGGACCACUUCCUCGCCCUAGGUAGAACCGCGUGGGAUUUCAUGAGGAAUCCUAAUCCUAACGCUCCCGAUUUCGGUGCCAAUUGUCUCCUCAAUUUGCCACGUGUUAAAAACAUGUCAGUGCUGACGGUGGAACGCCACCCUUGGGAGGGGAGCAACCAGCACGGUAUCCCUUACUCCUCUUACUUCCACCCUAUGUCAUCUCAAGAGAUGCUGACGUGGCAAAACGAGAUGAGGCGGAACCAGCGGGCCUACCUCUUUUCCUUCGUGGGGGCCCCACGGAAAGGACUGGAGAAGGCGGCCAUCAGGAAUGAGAUCCUCCGACAAUGUACCGAGUCGACUCGGUGUAAGCUCCUGAAAUGUGAACCGGGUGAGAUCAAGUGUCACCAGCCGGAGGAAGUGAUGAAGGUGAUGAGGGUGUCACAAUUUUGCAUGCAAGCUCCGGGGGACUCGUUCACUCGGCGAUCCACUUUUGACUCGGUAUUGGCUGGGUGCAUCCCGGUUUUCUUCUCACCCCACACGGCGUAUACUCAGUACGGAUGGUACCUGCCAGCUGAUCUCACUGAGUACUCAGUAUACAUAGCGGAGGAAAAUGCGAAACAGAUCGAAGAAGUGCUAACAAAGAUUCCAAAUGAAAAGAUAAAAAAAAUGAGAAAGAGAGUGAUCGAGCUGAUACCAAGGAUCACGUACGCACACCCGAAUGCAACGAAUUUAGGGUUUCAAGAUGCCGUGGAUGUGGCCCUUAAAGAGUUGUCAAAGCAUGUGCAGUCUAAGUUAGUACAUAAGCCAUCCUAAUUCACAUAGAAGUCUCUCUCUCUCUCUCUCUCUCUCUCUCUCUCUCCAAUCCGUUACAGUCCAUUCCGCCAGGUUUUAGGGGAAUAUUAUAUUCUUGUAUUCAAGAAUUCUUUUGACAUUUAAGUGUGUGAGAGAUUAUUGAUUGUUUUCUUUCUUUUCUAAACCAAAAAGAAGAUUAUUCGUUA